AUGGAAAUAAAAACUGGCAAAAUUGAGGAAAUUAAAAAAGUUGAAGAUAAAGCUGAGAAUAAUUUAAUUAAUUUAAUUUAUGAAAAAUUUGAAGAAAAAAUUAAAGAAAAUGAUAAUAAAAUAUUUUUAAAUGAAAUAAAUAAUGAAAAAAUAAAUGGAAAAUAUAUUAAUGGAUUUGAUGAAAAUAGAUUCUUGAAGGAUGAAAUGAAUGAUGACUUAAUCUUCAUAGCCAAUAUAAUUAAUUCUCUCGACAAAAAAGUAAUUUUAAAAAAUAUUCAACGUUCUGCUGAUCUUUUAUUUGCUUUAUAUCAAAGCUAUUAUUUAAUUAAUUUUGCUUCAACAAUUUCACAAAUUGAAAAUAUUUUGGAUUGUAUAGAACAAGCACGAGUUCCCCCAACAAUUCUACUCAAUUAUUUUUCAAUUAAAGAAUUAAAACAAAUUUUUUGGAAAAUUUUGGGAAUUAAUAAAUAUUCAGACAAUAUUGAAGAGAAAAAAAUUGGAAUGACUAAAAUAAUAUUUUCGGAUUCAUAUUCAGGAAUUUUGGAUAUUUUGUCUAUUAGAAAAGAGGAGAAAGCAAAAAAUAUUUUAAAUGUUUUGACUGAGGCAAAUGAAGUUUUGACUCGAGCAAGCAAUGUUUUAAAGAAAACACAAAAUUUUCAGAAUUGGGAUUGA